CACACACCCCGCUGCUGCAACUGCCCUGCCAUUUUGCCAUGCUCUGCUGUCUGCUCGAGGCCUCUCUUCCUCUGGUGUGCACUGGAGCAGCCAGAAGGCGCGGCCAUACUCCACGUCUCACACUCCAUUUCCAUGGCAGCGCCGUCUCAGCUCCUCCCCCGAUCGCAGAUAUAUAGAUACUACUAGAUGCUGAGCAAAACAUCCGAGACACCGAGAGUCAAAAAUCUUUGGGUUGGGGUCGUCCAGGGCCAUGGCGCUGCCGGUGCCGGGCCAGCAGCUCGCUCUCCUCGCGGUCCUCUUCUCUGCGGCCGCCGUGGCCGCAGCGCAGCCGACCACCGACGAGCUGUCUGCAUCUCCGGCGGCGGAUAACAACAGCGCACCGGCGGGCGUGGGCAUCAAGGUGUCCUUCCGCCCCCGAGUGGCCAUCGUGGUGGGCAUCUUCACCAUGAUCUUCUCCCUCACCUUCAUCCUCCUCAUGUACGCCAAGUUCUGCCACCCCUCCUCGUCUCCCUCGCCCGCUGCCUCGGCGCUGGUGGGAGGCGGAGAGACAGGCGGUAACAAUGGCGCCGCCGCCGCAGCAGCAGCAGUCGGAGUCCCCAAGCAGGUGAUCGAGUCGCUGCCCUUCUUCCGGUUCGCCACCCUGCGCGGGGCGCGUCAGGGGAUGGAGUGCUCCGUCUGCCUCGCCCGCUUCGACGACGCCGAUCUCCUCCGCCUCCUGCCGCGCUGCCACCACGCCUUCCACCUCGACUGCGUCGACCGCUGGCUCCAGUCCAGCGCCAGCUGCCCGCUGUGCCGGACCAGCGUCGACGCCGACGACGCCACACUCGGGCUCAAGUACCCAUCCAGCGCGCGCAUCGUCUUCGGUGGCGACGCGCUGUCCUCUGGCCGCUUCGACGACGCUGCUGCUGCUGCUGCUGCUGGGACAGCAGGGAGCGGACGCGACCUCCUCGACAUCUUCGUGGAGCGCGUGCCCGGGCCGGACACGAAGCCUCAGCAGCAGCAGCAGCAGCAGGUUGGUGAUGUUGAUGAUGAGGAGGAGGCGAUAUCAUCAUCGGUGGCGCUGCCGCCGGGGCAGGAGCUGGACAGGCACAAGCACCGCAUCAUCGUGUCCGACGUGGUGUUCAAGAGCCGGUGGAGCGAGCUCAACUCCGCCGACCUCAUCGCGCUCGACAUGGAGAUGCUGCGCUCCAUGUCCAGCUCCAGCGGCCGCUUCGUGUUCCCGCCGGAUUCCCCUUAUUGCCCGGAGUACAGCAACGAGGCCCAGCAGGCCCCCAACAACAAAGAGAUAGCAGCAGAAGAAGAAGAAGAAGAAGACGAGGACGGUGUCGUGCCGACGACGUCGAGGAAGCGGCUGCUGAAGCCUGUCGUCGUGGUGGACGCCCGGCUAGGAGGCGGGUGCAGCAGCGGCUCCGCCGUGUCAGCGUCCGCGGCGAGGAUGAUAUCCUCCGGGGUGCGCUCCAUGUCGGAGAUCGUGAGCCUGCCACGGCUGCGCGCCGCGGCGAGGGAGCGGCUGUCGGAGGAGGAGAAUCGCAAUCGGCGGUGGCUGCCGAUCGCACGGCGGACGGCGCGGUGGUUCGCUGGGCGCGCCAGCAGGGGGCAGCAGCAGGAGGAGGAGGAGGAGGAGGAGCACCGAGCUGUCCACGUCGUGGCGGCGGAGCAUGAUGAUGUGUGAUGGCCGGUGAGUAGAAUAGGAUAGAGAAUCGAAUGGAAUGGAAUGGAAUGGAAUGCAUUGAAUUUGGGAUGGGUGAAAAGUGUAAACAAACAAACAGUCAAGAUCAUCGAUUGAUCAUCAAUCAGUAGUCCUUAUAGUAAUAUAUAAAAUGAUCAAAGACAA